AUGGAUUUUGAUAUGGAGAUUGAAAUGGGUUCUGUUUAUAAGCUUAAUCGUCACUCAAACACUAAAAUCCCAGCUGCAUUCAACUCAAUAAAAGCUGUUUUUGUGAAUCAUAAGAGUGAUGAUGAUAUAACAGUGGUGUUUCCGAGUAUUCAAUCUCUGGAAAUUUUUUUUGGAGGUGUGAAAAAAAAUGGAUUGAUUCAACCAAAUUUAGAUGAACAUUAUGUAAUGAGUUUGAAUUUGGGUAAAAAAUUACUCACCCAGAAAAUUUCAUUUGAUGAGUUUACUGCUCAAAGAGGAAAUCGAAGUUUCUGGGUUCAUGAUGAUGAUGAUGAAGAAGAUGAUCAUCAUGUUUCGAAUAAUGGGUUGGAAAUCAAAUGGGAAAAGCGUCGAAGAACAACAAUCUAUAGUAAACAGAGAUCAGAGCGUGAAGAUGAGGAGAAAGAAGAAGAGAAGGUUCCAGAAAAAACCCGAGUUCUUCGAAAGCGAAAAUGUCAGUUUAAAGGGGUGAAAUAUCAUGAGAAGAAGAAGAAGAUGAAGAAGAAUCAGAUUAAGGUAGUUUCUGAGAAGAAGUUCAAAGAUUCUCAGCAUAGAUGGACUAUUGAGAGGUAUAAGUUGGCAGAAAAGAAUAUGUUGAAGAUCUUGAAGGAAAAAGGAGCAGGACCCGGUAAACCGAUUUUACGACCCGACUUGAGGUCGGAAGCUCGGAAGCUGAUCGGUGAUACGGGUCUUUUGGAUCAUUUGCUGAAGCAUAUGGCCGGGAAGUUAGCUCCUGGUGGGGCGGAGAGGUUUCGCCGUCGACAUAACCCGGAAGGUGCAAUGGAGUAUUGGUUGGAGAGUGCUGAUUUGAUUGAAGCUAGGAAGCUAGCGGGUGUUACUGACCCGUAUUGGGUACCGCCUCCCGGGUGGAAACCGGGUGAUUGCCCGAACCAAGACCCGGUUUGUGCUAUGCAGCUUAAGGGGCUAAGGGAUGAAAUUGAUGACAUGAAGAGAGAGAUGCAAAAGUUGGCAGGAAAAGGGAAAGAAAGCAACCAGGCUUCAGAUGUUCCUCCAAUAAGUUUUGGUGAAUCAAUAAAGUCACUAAAGGCAACACAUGCUGAGCUAAUGAAGAGGAAAGUCAAUAUUGAGAAACAACUGCUAGAAAUCUCCAAGACCUUUACUGGAAUGGAGGAGGAUAUAGGGUGGCUGAAGGAAUCUGUAGCUGAAGAAAAAGGGGGUGAAGAUCAAUUGUCAGAGGAUAAAACUGAAUCAGAUAAGGGUAAAAAAAGGACAGUAAUUAAUGAAGAUGAAAAUUUGAAGAACAAAGAGAAAGAACUGAUAAAAGUGCCCCAGAAGUUAAGGAUACCAUCCCCAAAAUCUUCACCAUCUGCUACAGAAAAGAAGGAAAAAAACAGGAAACAGAUUCUGAAGAGUGGCUUCAGAAUCUGUAAACCUUUGGGCACUUUUCUCUGGCCUUCCCAAAUGGGUUCUUUAUCUUCUUCUGCCUCCUCUCAAGUGUUGGUCCAUCUUGAAGAUCUCCUAGGGUACCCUACACCGCCUUCUUCCGUCUCUUCCUCCUCUAGUAGGCCACCCUCCUACCUCUUCCCCCCACCACCACCACCACAGGAGCAGCAGCAGUCGGCCUCGGUGAAGAGACCGGUUGCAAUGAGGGCUGCUGUCACUCUGAAUUUCUCCAUUGCUACAAUCAAAGGGUCAACUACUAUUGACAGUAUUUCUAGUCCUACUGCUACUGGGUGUAGUAGUAGUGUUCAGACUUUUGUUCCUGAUCUCAAUGAAGUCCCUCUUUCUUCCUUGACUUGA